AUGCUGCUGUGCGUCACACAGGACGACCUCUCCCGCGCUGUCAAGGAAGCCGUGAGCGACUACGUCGAACUCCGGGGUCUGAACGGCCUUUGCCCCGACGUACGAAAAUGGAGCUCCCCCCCAGCCCCCGCCGCUUUUCUCGAUGCCGGUCUUCCGAAAACCGGAGGAACCGGGUCUCUUCCUCGCGGACUCUUGCCAUCUGUCAGUUCUAGCACCGUGGUAGGGGCACCAGGAGAAUUUCGGGGACAUUCUUCAGAAGGCAAGAACCAGGUAAAGCACUCCGGCACCAGCUCUGGCACAAGUGUGGAAAAUGUCGUCAGCUUCGCCGACGACGGUAGCACUCAUGUUCACGACGGCAACAGGCGGUUGAGUUCGGGCUCACGGCACGGGGUCCGGAGAAGGAGCAGCUUGGACAGCGUCGCCAGCAGCAUCCCUCAACCGUCUUGGGAGGCCGAGGGGCCAGAUGGCUUCGUCAGCCAGGUCCUCUCCUUCGACACGUUGCCAGCGGCAAGCACACCGGCGACGAACAGGAUAGUGGAUGAAGGCGGGGAAAGUACGACAACCUCCAGGCUGUUCACGGGCAACAGCAGUGGCGCGAAGGGUUUGAUGGCCUCUCAGUCUACCCCGGAACUGGGCGGAAAUUCGAUGGCAAGCCUGCUGGCGGGAGACAUCACCGCGGUGGAUGCGAAGCAACUUCUUCGCUGUUUGAGGCAACAAACCAAGACGGCGCGCCACCGCAGACAUGUCGCCAACAAGAGCACCACCAGCACCACCACCAACGCACGUAGCGGGGCUCGAACAUCUCGUCCCAGCUUCAUGGAAAAACGGGGCGGUAAGGGACCAGCACAAUCACCUCCACGUACCGGGGUGGGGUUAACGUUCCCCCCAUUCUCCCCUUCCGACGCCUGGGACGAUACCGGCCUGUUCACCGUGGCGCCGCGGCCCAAGACGGUUCCUUCGCGUAUCCCGUCAAGAAUCCACCACGACCGACAGCACCAGAGGCCCACCCUCGCAAGUCACACUCUCGCGAGCCCCGUGUUUGCGAGCAGGACCUCCGACCCCCCCUCCUUCGCAGUGGCGAUGCCCCCGGGUUCGAAUGGAAGGAGCGUGGACGGCUCUGCUGUUGUUGGCACCAUGCUGCCGAGCGAGUUGUGGCAAAAGGGCCAAGAUAUUGGAUUGAGGCGGUCUGGAUCUUCUUCUGACGGUUUCGGGUUGUGGCCGAAACGGCGAAGAAAGGUUGGCGGCGGGGCAGGAGAUGCCGCGGUGGAGUUCUUGGAUGUUAGGGAGGCGGCACUAGUAGGCGUGGCCGAAUCGUUGGCGAGAAGGGCCCUCCCCUGGCAAGCUCAGCUUUGUCCCAGAGCGCUCCAGGAUCUCGAGAUUGCCAGGGUGAAGAUCUUUCAUGCUUCCGAAAAGAAGCGGCAGACGAUGCAUAAGGCUCGGCAAGACGAGAUCUUCAGGGGACAGCUUCUAGGGGAGGAACGAUCCUGGGAACUGUUUGGUAGUGCACAGGGCAGCCUGUUCGAGAGUUUUCUUGACAAGAUCGCUGACUACGUGAAAGUGCGCGAAAGCAACCACGCCGCGUAUGUGGCCGCUCAGGCCCUGAUGAGGACCGCUCGGGUGCAGCGUGUGGAGGGACUCGGUCGUCACAGCAUCGACGUGCUCGAGCAAGGGGAAGCAGACAGCGCCUGGCUCUUCAGGCGUACCACCCAGGUGGACUUGCUGUGGGAUGCGUCAGCAUGCGUCGCUACGAAGGAGCGGGAAGAGCAGCGGGCGAACGCCGUCCUAGAGGCCUGGAGAAAAGGUCACUUGGCGGCCACGUCUCAGCUGGACGCUUCGGUUUGGUUGGAGGCGGUCGGGGCCAGGGCCUUGGCGUCGGAGGAGAGCGCAAGGUGGAAGAGAGGAGUGCCGGAGAUGGUUGAGGAAGAUGGGCGGCGGGCGGAAGCGGAUCGAGCCAGCGAAAGAGGGCGAAGCUCGGACAGGUAUUCUAGCAUGCUGCAGAGGGCGUGUGAGUCGGACCGGGAUGAGAGGGGUGCCUCCCAAGAGGCGUGGAACUUGCAGGGGUGGCUCUCGGUGGGAUCACACAAGCUCGUUCAGCAGACAUUGCGGGCUCUUGUUCGUGGGUGCAGCCACCCAUAUGCGGUCCGCGACGUGCUGUGGGAAGCUCGCAACGCCGCCGAGUUCGCGGCGGCAGCGAGAGCGGCUGCCGCUUCCCAGCUUGCCGACGACUCCCGAGGGUUCUGCGACGCUCGCCGCGGUCGGAAGGCCAUGGUCAGGCAGCACAAGCAAGACAUCCUCCUCGCGGAGGAGAGACGAUCUAGCGCAGAGGACGCGGAGCGAAGCCGAGCAGGUCAGGACACUAUCGAAACCUUCCUGAGUUCGUCGGUAACGGCCAAGAGGAACGGUAUAUUCGCACAGGUUCAGGAGGAGAGGACUGGCAUGCUAGCCGCAAGAGAGGCAGAUGUCGAGCGUUGCGAUCUGUUUCGAAAGGAGAUGUUGGGUGUGCAACACGAGGUAGACGAGGAGGCCAAGAGAGUGGCCGCCUCGCUGAGGGAGUGGAGGGAAGAGCAAGAACAGCAAAUCAAGGCAGAGGUAUCCUUCGCAGUAUCUUCCCUCGCGGAGGAAAAGGCGAGAGCGGCCGACCGAGAAGCCCUGCUCCGAGAAAUGCUGCUCACGGAGAGAGACAAGGAGGACAGGUUGCUCGAAGCCUGGCUCCUACGUCAAGAGCGCGAAGGCUGCGCCGCUGUCGAUUCGCAACUCUUGGACGCUCGCAAACAGCUGACAGAGGACAGGGAGCGAUGGGUUAACGCUAUUGUCGCCUCGAUGUCCGAAACUGCCGGAAAUGACGCGGCGUUUUUCCGGAGUCUGCACGCUUGGGGAAGAAAUGGGACCUCUUGCGACACUAUCGCCUCCGGCCGCACGGCGCCCGAGCGAACGCUUGCUGGGGGAGGUCUUCGUCACGAUUCUCGGCAAAUAAUGUCGGCGGCCGGAGAACCCGGAGCUGGCAAGGGACACACCCAGGAAAUAAGCGAGAGCAGUGGCUUGUUGUCGUCGACAACAGUGGAGGUCCAGGCCUGCCGCCAAGACUCCAGCCUUAUCGGGGAUGAACUCGAGGCGGCAUCGUUGACGGCGCAAGGGGAGGAGCAACACCGGAGCCGGUUGGAAUUCGAUGCAGCCGUAGCAACAACGACGGCAGAUACCCCGUCAUGUGGCGUCAGCAACGAAGACAACGACAACAGUGGUAGCCACGACCACAUACCCAUCCUUCAAGCUACCGUCGCGAUUGAAAAAGAAACUCUCGCCGCCCGCAAGAGGUCGGACCACCUGGAAUCUCUGGCCGUCCUGGCCCGCCAGGGGAUGUUGGCGCACUGGAAGGCGUUUUUCCGCGACGGGGUCGAGCGCACGAGAAUGGCGGCAGCGGCGGGGGACAUAACUGCCGAGCGAUGGGCUCAGCGGCAGCGGCAAGCAAUCGAGGUUUCGAGAGCCUCUUGGCGAAGCAGGGAGUGGACAUCGGGCAGCUCGACAGGUGACAGUGGUGUUGAUGGCGGCGAUGGGCAUGUGUCUGGACCAGAGGGAAGAGUUGCAGAAGGCGACGGCGGCGGCUGCAGCACCGGAACACAGGACAGUACUAAAGUUGAAGGCCAUCAACCCAACAAAGACGGGGAACGGUCAACGGCGACUAGGCUUGGCGAGGAUGCAGCACAGUCGCCUGAAGAGGACCAUGAGGGCGGUGAUGGUGGUAAUCCGUGCGUUAUUGUCGUGAGAGACGUCGGGGGGUCCAGCAGCAUCAACGAGGAAGCCAUUUCGUCAGAAUCAGGAAUAUCAACACCGACAGCAGCAGCACCGGCAGCACCAGCAGCACCAGCAACAACAACAGACAAAAUCGUUGUGUUUGUUGGCAGGGCGAUGGCGUUCCAUAUGUCCACCGUGCUGGAGCGCCGAAUGGAUCACUUCCACGACACUAACCACCGGCGCUGCUCGAGCGUAUCCUUGCCGCCGCAACAAGGGCAGCCGGGACAAAGGCCUAGCGGUGCCGUGAGCAGCAUCGACAUCGACGCCCUCGAUCCGGAUGGCGUUGUGGAGCAAUCCAGAGAGGCUGGGUGGCUGAAGGCCCUGGAACAUCUUGCCGAGCACAACACGGUACUUGACUUGGGAGAAGUCGGAGCCACCUUCGGGGUCCUACCCGGAGGAGCAGCGGUGCUGUGUCUAGCCCACGACUGCCUUGUCGAGGGCCCGGGCGAGACAGAGGGCUUCGUGCGGAUGGAUGUUCUUCUCUCCGCCACAUCGUCUUUCAUCGCGCUACGCCGGAGCAUUCGCGCGACGGCGGCAGCGACUAAGACGCCCAUGACACUUCGAUGCGAACCCAACACAGCACCCGUAGCAGGGGACGACGGUAGAGGUGGUAACACGCUGGAUGCUGACCCAGCAGUGCGAGGGGGCGAGGGGAAGGCCAUAGCCGUGGAUUCCGGUGAGCCGCUAGAGAUGCAGCCAGCGCCCGGUAUAGCGCCUCCCUCGCCUCUGCUAAUUUCGGGAUCGGAGACAGUGACGAGUAACGCUGCGCCGAUGACAAUGACACCCACGAUGAUGUCCACGGUAGUGGCGGCCGUCGCGGAGACGGAAGUUGCGGCGGAACUUGACGUGUACGGGGACGCGCUCUCCGCCAAUCUCGCCAGAGUCUGGCUGCACCCGUCCUCGCCUCCCUUCCUUGAUGAUGGUGGUGGUACCAUGAGCGACAACGCUGCUGGCGCAUCCCAACCAAGGUCUCAGGCUCACGGGUCUUGGUCCCAGUUCCAGACUUGGCGUAUCCGGCGGGAGGUGGAGAAGCACUCGGCGGUGCUGUCCCCGCAGAGCGUGUGCGCGCUGACGGCCCUUCUCUCGGCUAAGGGGAAAGCAUGGGCGGACCAUAGCGCCACCAUCAACCAGAAAGUCAACACUGACGACGACGUUUGUGGUGGUGGUGAUGAUUGCCGCAACGGGGAUGGCGGGGGUCCCCGCGGUGAGGACUCAUCCCCUGUGGGAGACCCCACCGCCUGGAAGCUGGCCCUCUCUCGCGCCUUGCUCGUCGUGCGCACGGCAUCGCUGGAACACCUGGCCCUGUGGGCUGACGCAUGCGACCCCGGCAAGGUGGAAUCUGCGUGCGCCGUGGACGUGUCGAGGGCUGUAAUGACGCCAGAAACGAGGGGGGUGCCUGCACCAGGCAUGGGUAGCGGUGGUGCGGAGGCCCCCGCGACGGCGGCGGGUGACGGCGAUGAGAAGGCGGUGGACGGUGGCGGCGGGACCGACGCAGCUUGGGCGGCAUUGCACAGGGCGUCCGGUCUCGGGCUCUCCCCGCUCAUGAUGCUGGCCACCACCCUGUUCGAGGAUGAUGGCUCGACGGGAGCAUCGCAGCUGUUCCUUGGUGGCCGUGACGGUGCUGCCCGGAAGACUAGUGCUGACAGCAGCGGCGACGCUCACGACGGCGGACACGGUUCCACCGAGCCUGGUAGCGUCGCAAACUUGACGACUAUCAUGUCACGGUCAGUGCUACGGCUAGUUUCGCGAAACUCCCUUGAUAACGUGUACCGAUGUCUUUCCCGACACAACGCCAGCCGAGGAGAAGAGGAAUUGUCAUCAUCAUCAUCAGCAGCAGCAACAGCAGGAGGGGAAGGAGGGGCAGAGGCAUCAACCACACAAAAGGUCGGGACCAACCCCGAGAACAGCAGUGAAAAUCGGCGUAAACUGGAAAGCAGCUGCGAUCUCGAAACUGAGGAGAACCCCGAAGUUUUAUCCGACUUUCCCGGGCAUCCGUCCAUCGGAGAUCUUUCGAAACUUGACUCGGAGACACUAAGGGGCGGGGCGGAGGGCAUACUGGCGGCGCUGGAUGCGAGGGGUACGGGCUGGCUGCCACCUGCUGUGCUUGCCGUGGCUCUGCAGAGUGGAGAGGCAGGUUUUCGGCUAGAGCCCGGCCAGGCGGAUGUGGUGCUUCGACUAUCCGGUUGCUGGCCAGCUACAAGCUGCCCAGAGAAACUCCGACGCAGUGACCAACAGCAAGUUCCCGCUGCUGCAGUGAGAGAGGAACAAGACCUGGAAAUGGCAAACGGGGGCGAGUAUUCCUAUCUUGGCUACCCCCCACGAACUCAAACGGUACGCUACCGACCGCUGCUAGACCAACUCCCCGGGCUGCUUCGACUCGUGCAGGCGGCUCAUCGCCUGGGGAAAGCAGCAACGUCGCCUUCAACAUUCAAGCCUUCUACGACGAUUCUUGGAGCGUACAUGAGGCUCAAGCUGCGGUCUUCUCUCCUAGAAGCGCCCCGGCUCGAGACCAUGCAACAGCUGGCCGACCAUGCCCGGGAGCGCACCUCAAGGGAGAGAAACGCCCGAGAGAUCGAGAACACCCGCCGUACGGAGGUCCGGAGAACGUUCACCUAUGCCACCAAGAACAGGGUUGAGGUGGCGAGCGGUACGGGGACGCUGAUGGUGAACAUGGAGAGGGCGAGAGCCGCCGCCACGGACGAGCUGUUUGCUGCGUUGGGUCUGGCCACGGAGCAGGCCCGGCAAAGGUUGAUAGAUGCCGUAGAACAGCUGAACACAGUGAUGACGGAAGCGGAAGAGGAGCUCCUGAGAGACGAGUCGUUCAUGAAGGAGGAAGAUAGAAAGGCUCUUGAGGAGCGGGAUCAAGAGCCCGAGUGGUGGGGAGAAUCGCUGACGAAAGAAGCGGAGGAAUCGUACAGGCAGGAGGUGGCAUUUGCAGAAACAGGACAAAGACUCGAGACUGUCAUGGCAGAGUUCGAGGAGCGACGGAUGGCAUCCAGAGAGGUGAUUGGCGCUACGAACCGCGACACGAACAGGACGUCUCCGUCGUCAUCCUCCCUGUCGUCGUCGACUUCGUCCCUUCAGUUUCAAUCGGAGAAGAAGGAGCAAGCAGACUUCGCGGAAUCCGUCCAGUUGCGUCAUCGCGGCAUUAACUUAUGUCGGGAAAAUUUGGCCUGGCUCGGUGAUGCUACCCACCACUUGGAAGCCGAAUGCGUCGACCUCUGUGAACGUGCAGCGGCGUUGCCGGAAAGGAUGGAGAAGCGUCUUUCCUCGGUGCUAAACACAGCUCACGCCAAGGGGGUCGAGGCGAGGUCCGUGGUUGUCCGGCGGCUUCACGCAGGAUCCAAGUCUUGGGGAGACGAGCUAGUGCAAAGGAAGCAAAGGUGGAGACAUCUUCGAGCAUCGCGGAGGACAAGCUUCGAGCACACCCGUGCAACGAUAGAAUCCCAGAGAGAACGGUUGGGACGCCUGGGUCCCGUGGCCUCAGCAGCCCGCAGCGUAGUCCUCGCGCAGGCAUUGCACAUGGCCCAUGAGCCUGUAAACCGGUUCCCACAAAUCGCUGGAAAGGGACCAUUGGCCGUGGAAGCCUCCGAAGCCGUUGCCGUUGCCGCUGCCGCCCUCAAUCAGACCCACGAUGCCGUCCGGUCUAUCGUUGCGGAGGCAAGCGGGGGCGACGCGGCUGGAGCCGGCUUACGCCGAGGAGGGGGGCAGCCGCUACGGACGGAUGGCGAAGAAGAAAAAGCUCGAGUUGGCAGCGAUGGGGAGGGGGGUUCCCUCAACAAGGACGACGGAAGGCGUGGUGUUGGGAGCGGAGGACCGGAGUCUGCUGUGCAGUCGUCGGAGAACGAGGGGGGCGGGGGCGAGGCCAAGGAGAGUGGCGGAGGCGGGGAUGGAGAAGGGGCGGCUAAACGGUUGUUAGCGACGGAGGCAGAGGACGCAGCGGCGAGAGUAUCGGCUUGCCAGACGGUCAUAGGGGAGUGGUGGGAGAGGCAGGCAAGGGCCGUGGCGGAGGGGAUGCGACAGCGCGAGGAAGAGGCUGUAGAACGCAGGACGAGAAGAGAAGUCGAGCAUCUUCUGUCGGAAUCCGUCAUUGCGGACAUCGAAGCCCGGGAAGAGGCCGAAGCCCACGGCAGAAAGACGCUGGCCUUGGUGCUAUCUGAGGCGAAGCGAAUCGCCAAUCAGUUCGUAGACGCACUCAAGUCGGCCGACGCGCGCAUCAACGACGCGGCCGCGAACUCCAAGAUGGCCGUAGAGGAAGAGAGCGAGGUUCUGUCUCUCGAGGCUCAGUCGCUGGCUGCCAGGGUGUCGGCCACGCUCCAAAGGGGUCUAAACGCGGCCACUGAAGAUCUCGCCGCUGCGCAGCAGCACCGAAAGAAUCGCAAAAAUAAAAAGCUUCUUACUCGUUCUCCGUCCCGUGGCGGAGAGAAGCCUUCGGAUACCCGGAUAACGCACAAAGACCAGUCCUCCGAGAGGGAACAAGAGGACGCUGCAGCUUGGAAGAGAUGA